ACAGUGUUCACCCUGCAGUCUCUCUUUUAAACACUGCAACCUCUCACCGCCAACAGCCGGGGCGAUCAGCGCGAUCAAGGUGUGUCUCGACGCAUUCAGAGAUGCUGGCUUGUACGGAGAUGAUCACUAUGUGCCUGCAGUCGGCCAAACAGAAGCACCUCCGGGCUCAGCAGCAACAGCAGCCGCGGCACGGCACCGGCCACGGGCUUCCCAUCUUUCAUGAUAUUUUUCGCCGAGCAGACAAAAACGAUGAUGGCAAGCUGUCAUUUGAAGAGUUCAAUGCUUACUUUGCAGACGGCAUCCUGACAACUGAAGAGCUGCAGGAGCUUUUCUACUCCAUAGAUGGACGGCAGAAUAACAAUCUAGACACUGACAAGCUAUCAGAUUAUUUUUCCCAGCACCUGGGGGAGUAUCUGAAUGUCCUUUCAGCUCUGGAGAGCCUGAAUGUUGCCAUUUUAAAGGCAAUGGAUAAAACUAAAGAGGAGUACCAAGGCUCCAGUGUGCUGGGCCAGUUUGUCACCCGCUUCAUGCUGAGAGAGACCUCCUCUCAGCUGCAGUCCCUCCAGCGGUCCCUUCAGUGCGCCAUGGACGCUGUGGAGGAGCAAAGCAGUCCUGCCCCGAGAGAGGUAAAGGCACCAGAGCUGACAGCAGUACAGAGGAAUGGCAGGCGGUGCGGCCGCAGGGUCCAUAACAACCUGUGUCUGUCCCCAUCAGAUCCUUACUCCGGCAUCCUGACCACAGGUGUGAGCACUGAAAACAGUGAGAACUGGUGCUCUCAAAUCAACCGGCUGCAGCAACUUCUGGACAAGCUGGAGUGUCAGAGUCCUAAGCUGGAGCCACUCAAAGAGGACACACUGGCCAGCACAUACAAGUCUAACAUCCUGCUGGUUCAGCGGCAGGUGUCUGUGAAUGAAGAAGAUCUGGAUGACUUCCGGAAGGUUCUGAAGAGCUACGUCGAUGCCACCUCAGCCCACUCUGACAACCUGCACGUGUCCGUUCAGAAGCUCCCAGGGAAGUCAUGUUACAUAAUGUAUGAGUUCUGGCAAGACCGCAUCUCCUGGAUGAGCUACCUGCAGUCCAACAGCAGUAAAGACUUCCAGCGUUGUAUCAUUGACAUGUUGGAGGAUCCUGAAGUAGUAUCUACCAUGCUGCUUCCAGCUUCAUGGUGGAUUAUGACUAAUAACUAACAACUGAAUCCUGAACGUCACAUCAACUGCUGCCCACACUGUCACACGGACAAAGAUACCCACGCAUACACUCACUGACAUGCACUCACACUGACACACACACACACACACACACAGACAUGCACACACACACUGACGAGAUGAGAAGAUUUCAAAAGGCAUCCAAGUGUUUGAAAGCUACAGGACGCAGAGACACAGGCAUAAUCCAGCAUUCUCCAGCAGCAUCCUCUACUGUCCCUCUGCCUUGGACUGCUAAUUAUCUUGCCGCUAAUAUCAAAAGGAGAAGAUCCAUGGAUAGUUGCACCCUGGCUGAUCUAUAAAUUUGAAAGCAAUUCCGGUUCCCUGCGAUGCAAAAGCCAAUUUCUGUGCUUUUGAAGGUUUUUCUGAUAUUCUCUGUCUCACUUGUGCUCUGCCCCCCUCUCUCUUUAUGUGUAUGUCGUACACAAGACAACCUGAAAUAAAAAAAAAAAAAUGAUGACAUGCUAUAUUAUGUUACUAGUGAAUCCUGAAUGAAAUGAAAAGGUGUGUUGCCAGAAGUACACAAGGCGAGGAUGCUUUAUGCUUUGAAUGACUUGUUUACUCACGAGGACAAUUACAAAGGAAGAAGAAGGGGAGGAAGGCUGAAAGCAAAUUGUAACUGCAGCCUAAAAAAACAUGCAUGCUGAUGACUUUGGCCAAGAGCUUUCAAGAAUAGCUCUUUUGCAUCCGGGCAAUACACUAUACUGCAGCAUUCUUUUGCUUUAAUUUAGCUAUCCUAAUGUUGUGUAUUGAAUGCAAACUGGCCUGCCUUGACAUGUAUCUAUUGCUAGAAAUACUUGUGGUCGAUCAUUUAUGUUAGUUACAUGCCCUCAAUUCCCAAUCUGAGGCAGUCUCUCUGUCCCAGAUUUAGACUUAUCUCUAAAAAAUGUAUGUGCUUCUCUUAAUUAAGACAUCUAUAAAGGAAAUUAUCUAUUUGCGAGGAGAUUUCAUUACAUCACCAAGAACAAGGUAUUUGAUGUAUAAUGUAUUUAUUUUGAUCCUAGUAGAGUUUAUUCCAGCUAUACAUAUGGGUAUAAAGGAUUUAUUCUUGUUUCUGUUGUGCUUUGGUUUGGUAAUGGAUAUUCCAGCCAAAUGUAAACAUUUAAAAGUACAUUUAAUAAAA